ACUGUGGUUCACAAAGUAAACUAUCACGUGAUCCAAAAGAGAUGGCUACAAAUGAUACAACAUAUGGUGGUUAUAGCUGUACAUUUGUUGAUGGUGAUCCUCCUGUUGAAUAUCAAUGCUACAUCUGUCGAUUGGUAGCACGGGAUCCUCAACAAGUUAGCUGCUGCUCCAAUAUAUACUGUAAGAGCUGUCUGGAUACACUAAAAGAGAAGGGCCAAAGGUUUACCUGCCCAACUUGUCGUAGCUCACUAGAAGGAAAGUACUUUAAAGAUGGAAGAGUAGAACGAGGAAUAAAGUCACUUAAGGUUUAUUGUACUAACACUGAUAGUGGGUGCCAAUGGAUGGGGACUAUUAAGGAUAUUGAUACUCAUCUUAUUAUUUGUCCCUAUCAAGUGAUACAUUGUACUAAUAAAUGUGGAGAGAAGUUUAGGAGAGAUGCAUGGUGGGCACAUAUCACAAUAAACUGUCCUAAACGACAAGCUCAGUGCACAUAUUGUCUACAGAAAGGACCUCACCAACUGAUAACAAGCAGAAGCCAUCUCAAUAAGUGUCCUGAUCUCCCAAUCCAAUGCAGUAAUGAAGGUUGCAAUGAGAAGAUACCACGACGUUUACUAGCAUCACACAAUGAGACCUGCCCUAAAGCUAUCGUCCCAUGUGAAUACAGUAACAUUGGUUGUAAUGAGAGAAUAAUAAGAGAAGAACUGGAGAUACACAAUGAUGAAGCGAUAACAAUACACCUACAACUAACAACAAGACAAAUGCGAUUGACAAACGAAAAACUACAAGACACAAACGAAGUGCUACAGGAGAAAAGUGAAAAACUAAAGGAGACAAAUGAAGAGCUAAAGGAGACAAAUGAAAUACUAAAGGAGACAAUUGAAGAACUACAGAAGACAAAUAAAAAACUACAAAAGACAAAUGAAAAACUACAGGAGACAAAUGUAGAGCUACAGGAGACAAAUGAAGAUCUGCAAUUGGCAAAAGAGACAAUACAAUCUCUACAAACAGAACUACAAGAACAGAAUAAUCUAUUAACAGUAUCAAAUGAGGUGCUUAAAGUCAGUCAAUGUUCACAGAAAAAAAAAUGGCACAGCCCAGGCUUUUACACAUCCCCAGGAGGAUAUAAGAUGUCAUUAAGUGUCUAUCCUUAUGGUACUCAUACUGGUGAAGGUACACAUGUCUCUUGCUUCAUAUAUCUCAUGGCAGGAGAAUAUGAUGAUAUAUUGGAGUGGCCAUUUCAAGGAGAAGUUACUAUAGAACUACUGAAUCAACUGGAGGAUAAGAAUCAUUGGAAGCGUACCUUUUCAUAUGAUGAAUCAGUACCAACUGAAAGCAAGAAAAGAGUAUUCAAAGGAGAAAAUCCACAGGGAUGGGGUAGAGGUCAUUUUAUACCAUUCUCUAAAAUAGUUUAUGAUGCUACAAAGAAAUGUCAGUAUCUUAAAGAUGACAGUCUGUACUUCAGAGUCAGUGUAAAGGCUACAUCAAAGACAAAGCCAUGGCUAGUAUCAACAUAAA